UCGUCACAGUUGAUCCUCCUCAGCAUCAGUGUUCGCGUGGCGAUGCCUGGAGGUGCAUGGUGCUGUGCCGAGCUGUCAUUACUCUCCGACUAAAGAUUUUUGAUUGUUCUCUUUUCCGAAGACGAAGAGGGUGAGUUAACGGUAUUUCCUUUCUUCAGAGGUAUACUCUUUGAUAUAAUUAACAGUCGACGGCCAGCGGUUCACUUCCCAGGGAGACGGCAAGUGGAGGGACACUACGUGUAGGGGAGUGGAGGCUACUUCUUUCUAGAAAGGCCCGAUAUCCAGAAUAAACAUGAAGACUACCAGGCAAACAACAACGACUCCUGUAGCUACACGUGCGACUGCUGCAACUACCAACACACAUUGUGACGGGAUCUCAGGACAACACAGCUCUUAUCUAAAGGACAACCUCGACAUCGUGCGACAGAAGUGCAGCGAGUUUCACGCCUGUACCGUGGAGCUGUAUAAGUCUGAGAACCUUCACCGCAUCCUGGCCGGCGACAACAUUCAGCUCCGUAACAUCUGUGGUCUGUUAUAUCAAAACGCCAACGGCAGAUACAGGAUUCUGGACAACCAGUGCUCAACUCAAGAGAGAGAAUCCAUCAAGGAAAUACUGGGUGACGAGUUAUCUCCCAAUCUAGAUGGAAGCAGCUCUAGAGAGGACAGCUGGGGGAAACUCAAAACCUGUUUAGACAACAACAAUAGCGGCAGCACACACCUCGAUGAACUGUGCAGGUUAAAGGGAAACUCCACACUUCCGCUGUGUAACUCAACUGAUGUACAGACGACAACAGAGAAGUUUUUCAACGACAAGUUGAGACAACAUCACUGCAUCUGUAACACCUUUACUGAUUGGUCGGCCAAGUCCUUACCUCUAGUACCGCUGGUUGCCGGGGUCUGUGGCGGGGCGCUGUUGUUGCUGCUCAUCUUCAUCAUCGUCUUCCUCGGCGUGCGACGACGCAAACUCAGAUGUGAGUUGUACAGACGGUGGGGAAACAUGUGAACCUAUUCUACUUUGAUUUUCAUACUAUUACGGGCUGGUUUGAAAACAAAGCAUGUAACUUGUUAAUAAUUCACCCGUCAACGCGUAAAAGUUUUACCUUUUGAAGAAACUGCAGACAUGUGGACACAAGUUUCAACACCAGAAUGAGAUGGACUGCACGUGAGUAGAUACUUGAACAGCUAAUAUUCACAAAGCCUCGCCUCUUGAAGUAAGUGUACAUUUCACAAAUACAGAGAAUUGGUAGAUUAGCAAAAUACUUUUUCAUAUAAUGAUGGUCACCGCAGUUAAAUACAGAACAAAAUGUUCAAGACUUGUUUGAGAUUGGGACUAUAAACAUCCAACAGGAUAUCGUAACUGAUUUAUUCUACCCUGCAAUUACCAUUAACCCUUAAGUCAUAGUAUCCUGUACCUUUUACAGUUUGAAAAGCGAACAUCUCAGUUCACUCUUUCUGUUACUUCUAGGUUGAACCCUGAGGCCAAAAGCUCAAGGACGAGGAGAAAUUGUUUUCAAAGUCUGAAAUCCGAGACCAGCAGCAAAAAUAUUGACAACUAGAAGUUGACAAAGAAAGACUGAUGUCUGUUGAUAGCACUGGAUGUAGGAAGACAUUGAAAAUAAAUGGAUUUUAUUUAUUGGGAGACACCUACUGCAUAGCUUGUUAUCUUGAAAAGGUUCUGAAAGCGUUUCUCAGUGUUGACUAUUUCUACAUCAAAUAAAAUGAACUGGUGAAAUAUAUUGUUCAGAAAUGUCAGCCACCUUUACUUAAGGGAAUGCACAUUACGAUGACAAUGCCAAGUAACAAUUCAUGUUGACUGUCUUCCGUGUCAAACAAGUAAAUCAGAAGCUUGAGGAAAGGUAAACAUUGUAAUAUUGUGCACACUUACCGGGGUAAUUUGUUACACAACACCCUGAUAUGGUUACAAGUAAUUAUUAGACCAAUUACAGGUAAAAGAGGAGGUAACAUGGUUGGAAAUUGACCUCAUACUGAUGUAGAAAACGUUUUUGAAAAAAAAAGAAAUGUUUUCAGUUUUUAGAAAAGUUGUAUUAUCUCAUCCUUCAUCCGUGGUAGGUAAUGAACAUCACAGUUCACACACACACACCUCCUAUUAUUUAUCUUUUUUCUUGCAUCUACUUUUUAAUACGCUUGCCAUACACUUUAUUUGUACUAAUUAUUAUUAUUAAAAUUAUUAUUAAAAAGAA